AUGAGAUACAAGUCGAAUCCUAAAUCUACAAUACUAAUAAAGAAUCACCAACAAAAAAACAAGUUUCCACCUAUCAGGCAGACAACAAGCGUAGGUUCUAUCUAUUCAGCAAUAGGCAAGCAUCAGACGGUGAAGCAUAGACAGCAGCAAAUAAGAGAUGGAACGGUCUUACUUGUAUAUCUCGAUGUUCGUGCGGUUCUCGUAUCGAGGCUGGUGAAUCAAACCGUCGAAGCUCCUGGAAAAUUGGUGUCGCAGGAGGCUUGGCGCUGUGUGAGGAGUGGGGCGUCGACAAGCAAUAAGUACUAUGGUUUCUCAUGCAGAAAGGGUGCAGAUAAGCAGGUGGAAGCACGGGGAUUCGUGCAGGUUAAUAAUCCCUCGAAGGAGGCCUACAAUAGCAAUAGCAAACAUGGUUGCGGUGAUGAGAUGACGUCGACGCUAUUUGCUGAGUGGUCAGUACAGUUCGGUGUAAGUACCGCGCAUGGUAGCCAAGGCUACGGGUCUGGUUACAAGGUUGUCGAGAGAGCGAAUACUGCUUUGCAAGGAUCUCCUCAGACUCAGAGUAUUGCUAAAAUAACGAUAGAAAGCAUCAAUUUGAAAGUGCCACAUCUCACACCCAACGAUGACAUAAAGUUGCAGUUGUUGACACGUAUCAAAGCAGAUGAGUCUAUGAUGAUACCGUUUCGCCGAUGGGAAUUGCACGAGCUACCAGCACUCACACAAGGAUCUACCAUAGAAAUCUGGUCCGUAAAGACAUGUUCUGCAUUGGACAGUCCAAGAUAUGUUAUAGUAUUUUUCCAAACGAAAAAAGCUGAUAAUUUGCAUGAGGAUGUCACCUUGUUCGAUAAUGCCAACAUCAAAUCCAUACGAUUGGCUCUGAAUAGCGACUAUUAUCCGCAAGAACGAAUGCUAUUGGACUUUUCCCGAGACCAAUAUGCCGAUGCCCACUUCAACUAUACAGAGUUCAACAAGAGCUACCAUAACUGUCAAGAAAAGCGCUCUCUAGUAAACUUUGCCGAAUUCAAAUCCCGACCAAUGUUUGUUAUCGAUUGCUCGAGGCGCCAUCUGGGUCUGAAGUCGUCCACAGUUGACAUAAAGAAUUUGAAUGCUCAAGACGAGGAAAGAGAUGGACUAUUCAUCUCGGAUGACCUCAAGAGGAAUUUGGAAUUUUGUGGAAAGGGAGAAGGGUGCUUGACGUUGGAGAAAAGAAAAGAUGUCGGUUAG